AUGAGUUCACCUAGCAUUCUCCUCACUGGUGCUUCUGGAUAUAUUGGCGGUGCUGUCCUGGCGCAGCUAUUGUCCUCUGGCUAUGAUGCGUCCAAGAUCUCUGCACUUGUACGAUCCCGAGAGCACGCCCAGAUCAUUCAGAAAUUAGGAGUCAAUACAGUGCUGUUCGAGGGACUGCAUGACAUCGAGGUGAUCAAAAAGGCAGCCAGCAAUAAUGACAUCGCCAUCAGCUGUGCUUCGGCAAUGGAUCUCCCAUCCUGUAUAGCUCUUGUUGAGGGUCUGGGAGAUCGCAAAGCCAAGUCUAACAAAAACGCCUAUUAUAUCCAUACCUCAGGGACCUCCAACUUUGGCGACCAUCCAUACACCGGCACGCCAAAUUUGGAAGUACGCAGUGACAAGGACGACAUCUUCAGCUGGGAGAAGGAGCACGCCGAGACCUGGAUCAUAAGGAAGGUCGAUGUGGCCAUCACCGAGGCUGGGGUACGUCUUGGUGUGAAAACAGCAAUUGUGAAUCCUCCAUUGAUCUACGGCACAGGUGCUGGGCCCAUCAAUCAGAGGUCGCUGCAGGUUCCCACCCUGAUCAAGAUGUCAUUGGGCUUCGAACAGCCUAUCGUCCUCGGAGAGGGUUCAGGAAUUUGGACAGUUGUGCACAUCGCUGAUGUCGCAAGGAUGUAUAACCUGCUCGCUCGACGCAUUGCGGAUGGACAAUCCGUCGACUUUGGCCAACAAGGCUACCACUUUUUGGAGGCCGGCGAGGUCGCUUGGCUCGACAUAUCCAAGGCAAUCGCUCGAUCAGGCCAUGCUCAGGGACUCUUUCAGACAGCCCAGGUCAAGAAGGUGUCGCCGGAUGAGUUCGCCAGUGCGCUCAGCAUCCCCUUCCUGAACGCCCACAUGGUGGAAGUCAUUUGGGGCUCGAACUCACGAAUCAAAGGCGUCAAGAGCCGUGAAAUUGGCUGGCAGCCUGACAUCACCGCCGCUGGCUUCCUCGCCUCCGUCGAAGAUGAGGUCCGGAUUAUCUACCAAGAGCAGGCUGGUCAAAUUGAAUCAAGCACAGAACGAUUAUUCCGGGGAGCGUCUUCUCAAUAAGAAUCAAUGUAGAGGUUGUCCACAUCAAAGGGGUCGUAUCGGUGGAAAUGUCAGACACACCACAGAGCCGUCAUUUAUUCAUCGUUUCCUCCAUGCUCACACGCGCGUUUUGUUUCUCAUUUUAUAGCCAAGAGGGUGUACAAAAGUCAAUGGUGUUUUCAAGAGUCUCCCAAUUGAAAGAUAUGCCGUCGAAGUCGGAGAAAGAGAAGGGCAUAUGGGCCACGUUCGUGCCGGGUUCGACACCAGCCAUCAGUGGUGGCAACUGAGCGUAUUGACUGAGGUUUUGGUCAUCGGCUGACGUGAUUGUAUAAGCAGGAUGUGGCGCUUGAUCUGCGCCAUUCGCCUCGAAGACUGGCGGCUGUUGUCCUUGUGGCCCCAAAAUAGGUGUAGAGGAAAGGCCCGUCGCAGCAUACUCGCUGUGAGCCGUGCCGAGAUCUUUGAGGGUCUUGGAAGCCAAUGCAUCAAAUCUAUCGCGCUUG